GCCCCACGUGCCUGUAAGCACUCCUGACACUGUCUGGGAAUGCUCCUGAUGAGACAGCGGAUGGUGUCCUGGGGAAUACAAAACAAAUGAUGUGCAGUUAAGGUCAUUUGAAUUCAUGCAUGAGGUUUUAAAUGUUGUACAUCAUACAGCUGAAUGGGAUAUACAUCAACAGUAAACUGAGGAGCAUUUCCACAGUCGCACCAAGCAUGUCCAGUUCCAGGAAUACUCUUUUCUCUGUAAGAGGAGGAGAUAUGUUUUACUUUCACAUUCCAACCACCCCCACAUAACCAACAGGCUUAAGUUCAGUUCCAGUCCAAAGUUCCAAAGGUUCCAGUCUUCUUUAUGAGUGGAUAUAGAACACAAAUACAUUAAAGGCUGAUGUCAAGACUGAAGACAGGCAACACCAUCGACAAAUGAGAUGGUGAGGAAUGGAGAACCAUGGAAGACUUGAUAUGCAUAAUUUGUCUAACAAUCAGUUUGAUUCUUCUAAACAUCAAGUCCUCUGCUGCAUGUGGUCCAGCUGAAUACAGUAUAGGUACUGAAUGUUGUCCUAGGUGUUCACCAGGAAACCGUGUGAAUAAACACUGUACAGAGUUUACAAGUACUUUUUGUGCCCCCUGUAUUGACUCCACCUACCUUGAUGAACCCAAUAGUCUUACAGCAUGUACACCAUGUACACACUGUGACCCAGUCUUUGGUUUGAUGGUAAAACAUCCAUGUAGACCUUCAUCAGACACUGUCUGUGAGCCACUGGAGGGGUUCUACUGUACAGACCCAACUAAGGAUGGUUGUAAUGCAGCCCAGAGACACAGCAGCUGUGAACCUGGACAAUACAUCAGACAGAAAGGAACUCCAUCUACAGACACUGUGUGUGUUGACUGUACUGGUGACACCUAUUCAGAUGGAUCAUUUACAUCCUGUCAACCACACACACAAUGUGACACCUUGAAACGUCUACAAGUUAAACCUGGAACUCACUGGUCCGACUCUGAAUGUGGACCACAAACCUCCCCUCCUAUAGGUUUAAUUCUACUUGUACUUCUUGGGCCACUGGCUUUGGCAGUUGUGAUUGCUGUAAUUAUAUGUGUCAGAAAAAGAAUACAUUCUAAUUCAGCACUGUACAGAUCCGUGUCUGGACGUCACUGGAGACCUGCUGCAUUCAGGCCUGCUUCAAAUCUUCCAACAUUAUCCCAGUUCCCAAGAAGUCAAGGAUCAAAGGACCUAAUUACUACAGAUCGUCAGAUCGUCAUUUGAGCGCCUUGUGUUGUCCCACCUCAAGACCAUCACUGACCCUCUUCUAGACCCACUGCAGUUUGUCUACAGAGCCAACAGGGCUGUGGAUGAUGUGGUCAACGUGGCUCGUCACUUCAUCCUCCAGCAUCUGGACUCCCCUGGAACCUGGAAGCACUUGUCUGACCCCCUGAUCAUCAGCACCGGCUCCCCUCAAGGCUGUGUCCUGUCCCCACUACUCUUCUCCCCGUACCAACAGCUGCACCUCCAGUCACCACUA